UGAGCACCGUCUGCGGCGCUGGCUGAGCGACGCUUCAGAGAAACUAGUGCUUUAAAGACACCCGGUGCUCUCAGCCCCCUCUUUUAAACGUUUGUUUUGCCCGCCGGGUCCAGUUUUUGUUUUAAAUUUAAAUGUGCGCGCUUUAAAAUGACUCGUUUUAGAGAAACGUGACAGCGACUCACCUGACUGAAGAACCGGACGCCGUUUGAACCUUUACAAAUACUUAUCUGUAAUGACCUGCUAUUUCAUAUAAUUAUUGGACGCUGUGUGGGAUUUUGGUUUGCUUUCCUGAGAAACGAGAGACGUCCUGCUUGUGUUGCAAAGAGAAACGCGCGGUAAUGUAGGUUAGCAUCUCUUUUGGACACAACAUCGCGUUGGUGUGCGCGUGCUACUGUCUUUUCCAUCCAGCGCGCGGCAGUUGUAGAAGUUGUGGUGGACACAGGGUUCCUCCCACCUCAACAUCUUUCCUCCAAGCGUUUGGGGGCUUUUUUGCCGGCUCGGUCAGGCUGUGUUAAGGCCGGUUGUGGAGGCAGAAGAUGGGACUACCCGCCCUGGAGUUCAGCGACUGCUACCUUGACAGCCCGCAGUUCAGGGAGAGACUGAAGUCUCACGAAGCGGAGCUGGAUAAGACCAACAAGUUCAUCAAGGAGCUAAUCAAAGACGGAAAAGCGCUGAUCCUGGCUUUGAAAAGUCUGUCAACAGCCAAAAGGAAGUUUGCAGAUUCUCUCAAUGACUUCAAAUUCCAGUGCAUCGGAGACGCCGAGACAGACGAUGAGAUGUGCAUAGCCAAGUCGCUUCAGGAGUUUGCAACCGUCCUGCAGAAUUUGGAGGACGAGAGAACACGAAUGAUUGAAAAUGCCAACGAUGUGCUGAUUUUACCUCUGGAGCGCUUCCGGAAAGAGCAGAUCAGUGCGGCGAAGGAAGCUAAGAAGAAGUAUGACAAAGAGACAGAGAAAUAUUGUGGAGUCCUGGAGAAGCACCUUAGCCUUUCAGCCAAGAAGAAAGAGGCGCAUCUGCAUGAGGCGGACAAUCAGGUGGAUAACGUGAGGCAGCACUUCUAUGAGGUCUCCCUGGAGUACGUCUUCAAAGUGCAGGAGGUCCAGGAGAGAAAGAUGUUUGAGUUUGUGGAGCCUCUGUUGGCAUUUCUUCAAGGCCUGUUCACAUACUAUCACCAUGGCUACGAGCUGGCUAAGGACUUCAACCACUUCAAGACAGAUCUUACCAUCAGCAUACAGAAUACUAGGAACCGCUUUGAGAGCACACGCUCCGAGGUAGAAAGUCUGAUGAGGAAGAUGAAGGAGAAUCCGCAUGAACACAAGAGCAUCAGCCAACACACCAUGGAGGGAUACCUGUUCGUCCUGGAGAAGCGGUCAUUUGUGUCGACUUGGGUGAAAUACUACUGCACGUACCAUCGUGAGCCGAAGAGGGUCACCAUGGUUCUGUUUGACCCUAAAUCUGGAGGAAAAAUGGGAGAGGAGGAGAGCUUCAUCCUGAAGUCAUGCAUCAGGAGAAAGACCGACUCGAUAGAAAAGAGGUUUUGUUUUGACGUGGAGGCGAUGGACAGACCCGGCGUGAUCACCAUGCAGGCUCUGUCAGAAGAGGACCGCAGGUUGUGGAUGGAGGCUAUGGACGGCAGAGAACCGGUAUACAACCUUAACAAAGACAGCCAAGCUGAGGGCAUGGCCCAGUUGGAUGUGAUUGGAUUCAAUGUGAUGAAGAAAUUCAUUUAUGCUGUGGAGACGCGAGGAAUUGAUGAGCAGGGAUUGUACCGGAUCGCCGGCGUUAACUCCAAAGUACAGAAACUACUGAGCCUGGCUAUGGAUCCCAAAACAUGCGCUGAUGUUGAGCUGGACAGCCCAGAGUGGGAGAUUAAGACGAUCACAAGUGCUAUUAAGCAUUAUCUCAGAGUGCUGCCUGCACCUCUCAUGACCUACCAGUACCAGAGGAGCUUCAUCAAAGCUGCCAAAAUGGACAACCCAGAGGCCAGAGUGACGGAGAUCCACGCUCUCGUGCACCGGCUUCCUGAGAAGAACAGGCAGAUGCUGGAACUGCUGGUGAAGCACCUCGCAAAUGUGGCCAGUCACCACCAUCAGAACCUGAUGACCAUCGCCAACCUGGGUGUGGUUUUUGGACCGACGUUACUCCGCCCCCAGGAGGAGACGGUGGCCGCCAUCAUGGACAUCAAGUUCCAGAACAUCGUCGUGGAAAUCCUCAUAGAGCACCACGAGAGGAUAUUCCGGGACAUCCCAAAUUCUGCAGGCGGUCCAAACAACAUGCAGUCUAACCAAUCUAGGAGAAGAAGCACAGAGAAUAAAGCGCCAUCCUGUAGUGAAAGACCUCUCACUCUGUUCCACACACCAACACACUCCCAGAAAGGUGAAAAGAGGAACAGUGUUGCUGACGUGCAGAACUCCACCAACUGUAACAGCAGCAGCAGUAGCAGCAGCAGCGGCGGCGGCAGCCACAGUCAAACCCCCAGACACAGCCUGACCAGCAACGACGGCGAGCCGGACGGGCGGCAGACCCGACCCAGCUCGCUACUGAAUCCUAAAAGUCGAGGAAGCAUACCCACCAGCGCGACGACUCCCAGUCCCACCUCGCCGCGUUCUCCCUCUUGGCCCAUGUUCUCCGCCCCGUCCAGUCCACAUCCAGUGUCCUCCGCCUCCAGUGACUCCUCCCCUGUCAGCGUUUCCGGCAGGAAGGCGAUCGCGCUUUACGCUUGCAAGGCGGAGCACGAGUCGGAGCUGUCCUUCAUUGCUGGGACGGUCUUCAUGAACGUUCACUCAUCCAGGGAGCCCGGCUGGCUGGAGGGCACGCUGGACGGUCGCACGGGCCUGAUCCCGGAAAACUAUGUGGAAUUCCUACAGUGAACAAACCCUGGAUUUAUCUGGAUGAAACUGGAUAAGAUUUUUAAAAUAAGGAGUGUUUUGGUUUUUUUUUUUUUUUCUCUCUUUUGGGUUAAAUGGGAAGUGAAACUGGAAGUAGAACCACAUCAAACGGUCGGGACAGAGCAGGUGAUGGAACGGGGAAUUGCACUGGGAGGGAAGGAAGGAAAAGCUGUCUUGGGAUUUCUGUGGAAGUUUUCCUGAACAAUAAGGGAGAUCUAUUUGUACAAACAUUUGACAUAUUUUUAUCUUUUUUUUUGUCUAAAUCAGAUCUGCACUGCUGCCGCUUUAGCAUCGCUUCUCUCUAUUAGCAAAACACCCAGAAACAGGAUAAAUGGGAGCUCGCUUCUUAUUGGUUAGUUCACCUCCUCCACGUUGGAUUAAUUGCUAAUCCCUUCGGGAGGAAAGUUAAGCUCUUCAGGCAAACUGACACACCUGGGUUUGGACGUCCAGCUGGAUUUGUUGUGGCGCUCAGCAAUUCCACGGGACAAGACUCAACCUGGCUGAGCCUGCAGGGUGAUUGGGGGGGAGGAGCCAAAGAUGGGAUGGUCUGGUCAGCAGGCUCCUUUUUUUUCUGUGUUUCAAACUCUCAAAAAUAGAAAAAAAAAAAGAUAAACAAGUUCAUCAAGUAAAGCAGCGUUUUACUGUGACGCACUUAUUGUGAAAGGACGAUUCUUCCUUUAAAUUAAAGCACCUGAAAGCUUUCGACUUUCAGGUUUUAAGGCUUUGCCGUUGCCACUAAUAAAUAAAAAAUACUUCUGAAUCUGCAGUUGACGGUUAAAAGUUCAUUAUCGAACAAAACUUCGGAAAUGCAGAAGAAGCCGUUUGUGUGAGAGACGUAAACAUAUCUACGGUGAACGCCCUCAUUCUUUCAACCACUUAGUCAACAAUUUUAGUCAAAUAUCUACCAAAAAAAGUAUUUUUGUUGAUCUUUUUUAGCAUAUCAAUAAAAAACAAAAAAAGGGCGGGCCUAAAUACAAAUAAAUAAAUAAAACAAUGUGAAAUGAGACUACUUUGUUCAUAUUUCAUCUUAUUUAUGUUUUUUUUUUUGCAAAGGAGAAUCCUGGACUGUUUUCUGUUUGAGGUGUUUAUUAUAUGUGUAAAUAAAUAACAAUUUAUGAGGUAUACAUUUUUUUUAAUUAUGAAAUUUUAUAUUUUGUAUUUCUAGCUUACUAACUUAAGUCUAUCUUCGUUGCCAGAUUUUUUUGUACUCUUCACAGCCUUAAAUGUUCCUGCAGAUGUUUGGUGACGGGUUGUGCAGAAUUAAAGGGAAUCCUCAGAAAA